ACAUGUGGGCCCAUUCCAUCAUUUUUGCUUCACUGUAAUAUUCUCUCUCCUCUUGCUCUUCGCAAUUUCAGUUGAAUUUCUUCCACAACCACGGACCCCUACCCGCGACGACCAUGGGCAACUGCUUCUCCGGCGGUGGCCACGGCAAAUUUGCCGUCGGUGGCACUUCUUCCGGUCCCGAUGCUCACGGCCGUAACGAAGCCGUUGAUAAUUUCUUCAAAUCUCGCGGCUAUAACGGCCUGUUCUAUCAGAUCGAGCUAUCUUUAUCUGCUUCGAACUUGCGUGACAGGGAUGUGCUGUCCAAGAGUGAUCCUAUAGCAGUUGUAUAUAUCAAAGGAAAAGACGGUUCACUACAGGAGCUUGGGCGCACUGAAGUUGUCCUAAAUUCAUUAAAUCCUAAGUGGAUCACAAAAAUAAAAGUUACUUAUUGUUUUGAGACGGUUCAGACUCUCCUGUUCCGUGUGUAUGAUGUUGAUACCGAGUCUCACGGCCCGGAAGUAAAGACGCUUAAGCUUGAUGAUCAACAAUAUUUGGGCGAGUGUACUUGUCAGUUGUCUCAGAUAGUCACUGAUCCAAAGCGCUUCUGGACCUCAGAUCUUCUGAGCAUUGCAGAAUCUAGUGAGUCAACUCGUCAUAAAAAACUCGGGCAGCUCACUGUUUAUGCAGAAGUAGAACUUGUUUCCAAAACUACUGCAGAGUUAAUAUUCAGAUGCUCAGAUUUAGAAAAUAAAGAUUUCUUUUCCAAAAGUGACCCUUUUCUAGUUAUUUCAAAGUAUGUGAUGAGUGGCGCUACUAUUCCGAUUUGCAGAACAGAGGUCCUGAAAAACAAUCUUAAGCCUGAGUGGAAACCAAUUUUUAUAAACAUAUCACAAGUUGGCAGCAAGGAUAGCCCGCUACUUUUCGAGUGCUUUAACUUUAAUAGUAAUGGAAAGCAUGAUUUGCUUGGCAAAACUCAAAAGUCACUUGCUGAGUUGGAAAAGUUAUCUUCUAGUCAGCAGGGAGAUAACUUAUCUAUACCCAUUACUAUUGGGAAAGAUCAUCAAAUAAAGGUGUUGAAAAGUCAACUUUUUGUGGAGAAGUAUUCUGAAAGUGUUCAUCAUACCUUCCUAGACUACUUAACUGGUGGGUGUGAAUUAAACUUUAUGGUGGCCAUAGAUUUCACAGCUUCAAAUGGAAACCCUCGCCUACCAGAUUCUUUGCACUAUAUUGACUUUUCUGGACGCCCGAAUGCAUAUCAGAAAGCAAUACAAGAGGUAGGAAGUGUACUUCAGUUUUACGAUCAUGAUAAGCAGUUUCCUGCAUGGGGAUUUGGAGCACGCCCAAUUGAUGGUCCUGUCAGUCAUUGUUUUAAUCUAAAUGGAAGCUAUGGUAACAAUGCAACGGUUGCAGGGAUCCAAGGCAUUAUGACUGCAUACGAACAGGCACUGUCUAAUGUUUCACUCGCAGGGCCAACCCUAUUUGGACAUGUAAUUACCUCUGCAGCAAGGAUAGCCAGCGAAUCAAUGGCCGCUAAUGAACACAAGUAUUUCGUCUUAUUAAUCAUCACAGAUGGAGUGAUAACCGAUCUACAGGAAACAAUGGAUGCCCUUGUGAAGGCAUCCGAUCUGCCACUAUCAAUCCUCAUUGUCGGUGUUGGUGGGGCCGACUUUAAGGAGAUGGAGAUUUUGGAUGCGGAUAAAGGUGAGAAACUUCAAAGUUCAACCGGGCGUGUUGCGUCACGUGAUAUUGUCCAGUUUGUUCCUUUUAGGGAUGUACAAGGGGGAGAAAUGUCAGUUGUUCAAUCUCUUUUGGCAGAACUACCUUCACAAUUCUUAACUUACAUGAGAAACAAUGGCAUUCAACCAAAAACAAAACCACCUACACCAUAGUAAAACCAACACGUCCCGUUAUAUUCUUUGUACAAUCUUUUCAGUGUCACGAGUUCAUGACCCAUGGUACCAAACGGGACCAUGCGUCUCCCGUUUCAUGUCUUACUUUUGUAUCCCUAUAAUAUGAACAAAUUCGGUGGGCCAUCAGAAGCAGCCUGCCAAAUCAGACCAAAUCACGGGUAUACAUAAGACAUGGAACGACAGUGAUGUCUUUUGCACCAAAUUUCAUUUGUACAUCAAAAUUGUUUACGGGAGUGAGACGCGUUAUUCACACGUACCAGCCAUAGUUCAUUGAUCAAAUGCUUGCGCCAGUUUGCGUUGGGCGCUUGCAAAACAAGAAAGUUUGUGUUGUAAUUUUGGGUGAUUUUUCCGGUUGUUUUCUUUGAUAUUUUCUUUAAUGUUGUAUGUAACAUGUUUUUUAUAUUAUUUAUCUUCUUAUGUCAA